GGAGUCAAGUUCCUGCACACAGAUGGAGAGAAAUACUGUGCAAGUGAAGAGUGGACAGGCAGGUUAAAUAAGAACAGACAAGGCAGUUUCAGUAAAACACGAAGCCUAUGCAACAAAAGGAAGUGUUAGAGGCAGAAUUAUAAAGAGGUUCUUGAUAGCGUUACUGGAUCCCCCCUUCUGAGAGAGCAGCAGCAGCACCUGCGAGUGCUGAUCUUCUCCCUCCUGGCAGGAUGAUCAGUAACGAUUAUCUGAUUGAGUGCAAGUUGGAUCCAGAAGACCCUCAUUUGCAGGAGCCGGGAUCUCCCAUGUUCCUGCAGUCCGCUAUCAACACACCACCCAAAGCAGACCCUCGGGACCCACGUGGGAUCAACCAGCACCUUAAGCUGGAAUUCUCCGACAUUCUUGCUGAACCUUCCUCGUUUCGCAGCUUUGACAGGGUUUGGACCUGGAGUGACAUCGUCUUUGAGAGUUCGCGCCUCUGGUGCUACCGCAUCAUCUCGCUGCUGUGUGCUGUGCCCGUCUCCCUGUUCUCGGGCUUUCUCUUUGCCUGCCUAGGCUGCCUGCACAUCUGGUGUGUGAUGCCCUGCAUCCAGCUCUGCACAAUGGCAAUGCCUCCGGUUCGCACCCUCUGGGCCAGCAUCCUGGAUGUUGUGGUGGCCCCACUUUUCACCAGUCUGGGCCGCUGCUGCAGCGCCAUCUACCUCACCGUUACUCAGAAGUGACACAGAGACGCCUCCCCCCCCCCCCCCGACCCAUGUGCCAAAGACUUUCCUUCCCAUUUCACUCAGAUCCACUAAACAGGCUGGAUUUCACAGCAUAGAGUAGAACUCCCAGGGAGCUUUUAGCCUUGGGUCAGAAAAGAGGAAUUGUGGGCGAGGGAGCAGGUCAGAGGGAAGGAAAACAAGGAGGCCAGAGGACGAGGGGAAUGGCGCUUCAGAGAGAGGUCUCAAAAUGAAACAUCCGUAUUCUAUUCUCUUAUUGUCAUGCCCCUGCUUUGUCCAGACCUGCAGAAAGAAUUCCACAUUAUUCUAGGAGUGGGCUCUCCAUAGUCCUCCCUGUGAUCCUUGGAUGAAGGGUGGUCUACAUUUUUUAAUAAUAAUAAUAAUAAUAAUAAUAAUAAUAAUAGGUGAGGAACUUUCAAAACUACCCUCCUCCGUCCCUGAGAUUCUAGCUGGCUCAUCUGUCGGUUAGUAUCUCAGAGACAGGGAUGGGGAUCCACCUGGCUUUGCACACAAGACGGUCUCUGGCCAUGCUGUCUGGGGCUAAAGGGAGCUGAAGUCCAGCCACCUCUGGCCUAACCCUGACUGACAGCCCACAUAAGAAUCUCCUCCAGGAAAAGUAACGCUGGGAUUAGCCUUCUGACAUUUUGCACAUGGGGGGGGCAGGAGGGGGACUAGGGCAACUCCAGACUCAGUGCUGGGCUCUGGCAGAAGAUAUGUUCAUUUCUGUGGGAAGCAGCCCCCACUCCCUCCAGCCCUUCCUCCCACAGCAAUAGCUGAGAUGUAAAGCUCCGUCGUCGUCUCCCCCUUUAUUUAAUAAAACAAAAAACGUUGAUUUGCUUCCCCUUGUGUUUGAAUUCUUUUGAUUCUGUUCUGGCAAACCAGGCACAAACGUGUGUUAAAGGGACGGGAUGAAGGAGGAAAAGGUUCUGUGCCUCACAGAGGGGUUGCAGAGGACAUAUCCCCCAACAGCCUUAACU